GAUAAAUAAGAAGAUCUAUCAACAGUGACUGAAGCUUUACCUGGUUUCAUGCAUUCAUUGCAAGCACAAAGCAGGUGAUGUGUUGAGCUUAUUAUCUUUCAAUACUGAUUUGGUUGCUUGAUCAUGUUUCUGGCAAGCUGCAUGUUUUCAACUUGAAAGUCACAUGAGCUAAAUAGAAUUUGGUUGAAUUGGAUAAUAAGAUUUCGGGUCUUCCGAGAGAAAGGAAAAUGCGAAACAGCAAGUAUAUCUUGUCCUCAUGCAAGCUUCGAGCAAGAAUUAAAAAGAGAUAGAGCUGAAUCAACAAAUUGUGGUAGCAAAUGAGGCACAAGUGGGCCAAAGGGGUUCUUAAUUGCUUCCACAAAUCCCAACUUCCAAUCCCAUUAAGCAAGAAUUAUAGUUUUUGAUUGACAGUGGCAGCAGUAACUCUUCUCAAUCAUUGUAAUCAAUUAAAUAAUGCGCUGUACGUCUCAAUAAAAGAGAAAGACCAGACCAAGUUUCAAAACUUACUCUCUUUUGCGCUAUUUAUUGAGAGUAAAAAUCCUUGAGAACCCGGUAUAGUCUGGUCGUCUUUUUCCUUAAAAUCUAUCCUUUACUUGCUCCCACUUACCACCAAGACUAAUGUCCAAAGACCAAUGUCCUCGUUUCAAAAGCUGCAUGUUUUGAUACUCACAUAACAGCAGCGAAACAAAACUGCCAAUUUCUUCUCGCUCCAAGUCCAAGAGUGGCUUUGUGUUGAGAGAAAUGAAUCGAGAAAUGAAUGGUGGUGAGCUGGAGAAUCAUGAAGAAAAAAGAGACUAUGUGUUUAAGGCGGUGGUGAUCGGUGAUUCGGCUGUGGGUAAGACUCACUUGCUAUCAUGGUUCACUAAGAACAAGUUCUGCUUCGAUUCCAAGUCCACCAUUGGCGUUGAGUUCCAGACUAGGACUGUCACCAUCGAAGGCAAAGUCGUUACGGCCCAGAUCUGGGAUACUGCUGGCCAAGAAAGGUAUCGAGCAGUUACAAGCGCAUACUACAGAGGAGCAAUGGGGGCCAUGCUAUUGUAUGACAUCACCAAGAGACCAACCUUUGAUCAUGUGGCUAGGUGGUUGGAGGAACUACGUGCCCACGCUGACAAUUCCAUAGUGAUCACUUUGAUUGGAAACAAGGCUGAUCUGGUGGACCAAAGGGUUGUUCCAACAGAAGACGCGGUGGAGUUUGCGGAGAAUCAAGGCCUUUUUUUCUCUGAGACAUCAGCUCUGAGCGGAGACAAUGUGGACAGAGCAUUUUUCAGGCUGCUUGAGGAAAUUUAUUGAUGGAAUAUAGAGGAAACAAAAAAUAGCAGAAUUAUGAGAAUUGACUUGUUUUAUUUCUGAUAUAAAGUCUGAGUAUAUAUAUACAUCAGAAGCGUGUAGAUGAAGCUUGCUAAACACAUAACUGCUUGCCAACUCAGCUGACUAUCUAACAAGAUAACCACUCUUUCCCGCCUAAAUAAUUUAUAUACUCUACAUCCCCCCUCAAGAUGCAGAUGGGUUUAAUGAAACCAAUCCCAUCUUAGACAAAAAUUGAUGAAACAUGGGAGACGUCAGGGGCUUAGUGAAAAGAUUUGCAAGUUGAUCUCUGCCUGCAACAUGUGAAGUGAUGAUGAACUUCUGAAAUACUUGCUGUCUAACAAUAUGACAAUCAAUAUCUAGGUGUUUUGUGCAUUCAUGAAACACGGGAUUUUCAGAAAUAUGGAUAGCUGCCUUGUUGUCGCAGAAUAGAGGAAUUGGUUGAGACAAUGGCACUUGCAAAUCACGCAGCAAAUAGGAUAUCCAUUGAAGUUCGCAGUAUGGACUGUCAUAGCCAUACUGCGAUACUCCACCUCCGUAGAUGACUUGCUUACUGUAGUUUGUUAAGGAUUUGCGUGUCAUAGAGCAAGUGGCCCA